GAGCCGCGAGCAUAAGCGCCACCAGCCCCGGACGCCCUGCCCAGCCCGGCCGCCGCCCCGCGCCGGCCCCGAGCCCGGUCCGUGUCCCAUGCCUGCAGCUGGAAUGGAGGCUACCUGGACCCUUUAGAAGGCGCCCACCUGCUGAAGGCCGCUGAGUGGUUCAUGCGGAAGGUUAAGAAGCUGCGCCUGGACAACGAGAACACGGGACGUUGGAGAAGCUUCUCGCUGAAUUCUGAGGGGGCCGUGAGGAUGGCCGAUGCCGAUGCACCGUCGUCGGAGCGGGGCGACUCCGUGGAGAUGGAUGAGCCAGGAUCCCGCUUCCAGGUGCAGAAGCACUCGUGGGAGGGGCUGCGGAGCAUCAUUCACGGCAGCCGCAAGUACUCAGGCCUCAUCGUCAACAAGGCACCCCAUGACUUCCAGUUUGUGCAGAAGACGGAUGAGUCGGGCCCCCACUCGCACCGCCUCUACUACCUGGGGAUGCCUUACGGCAGCCGAGAGAACUCCCUCCUGUACUCGGAGAUUCCCAAGAAGGUGCGGAAAGAGUCCCUGCUGCUGCUGUCAUGGAAGCAGAUGCUCGAUCACUUCCAGGCCACGCCUCACCAUGGUGUCUAUUCGAGGGAGGAGGAACUCUUGCGGGAGCGGAAGCGCCUCGGGGUCUUUGGCAUCACCUCCUAUGACUUCCACAGCGAGAGCGGCCUGUUCCUCUUCCAGGCCAGCAACAGCCUCUUCCACUGCCGCGAUGGGGGCAAGAACGGCUUUAUGGUGUCCCCCAUGAAGCCUCUGGAAAUCAAGACUCAGUGUUCAGGGCCUCGGAUGGACCCCAAAAUCUGCCCUGCCGACCCGGCCUUCUUUUCCUUCAUCAACAACAAUGACCUGUGGGUGGCCAACCUGGAGACGGGUGAGGAGAGGCGGCUGACCUUCUGCCACAGAGGUUUGUCCAAUGUCCUGGAUGACCCCAAGUCUGCCGGGGUAGCCACCUUUGUCAUUCAGGAAGAAUUUGACCGGUUCACCGGGUACUGGUGGUGUCCCACCACCUCCUGGGAAGGUUCGGAAGGCCUCAAGACGCUGCGUAUCUUAUAUGAGGAAGUGGAUGAGUCCGAGGUGGAGAUCAUUCAUGUUCCUUCACCUGCCCUAGAAGAAAGGAAGACAGAUUCCUACCGAUACCCCAGGACAGGCAGCAAGAAUCCCAAGAUCGCCUUGAAGCUGGCGGAAUUUCAGACGGACAGCCAGGGCAAGAUCGUCUCGACCCAAGAGAAGGAGCUGGUGCAGCCCUUCAGCUCGCUCUUCCCGAAGGUGGAGUACAUCGCCAGGGCUGGCUGGACCCGGGAUGGCAAGUAUGCCUGGGCCAUGUUCCUGGAUCGGCCCCAGCAGCGGCUCCAGCUCGUCCUCCUGCCCCCAGCCCUGUUCAUCCCGGCCACCGAGAGCGAGGAGCAGCGGGUGGCGUUGGCCAGGGCCGUCCCCCAGCACGCCCAGCCCUAUGUGGUGUACGAGGAGGUCACCGACGUAUGGAUCAAUGUUCACGACAUCUUCUACCCCUUCCCCCAGUCCUCAGGAGAAGAGUUCUCCUUUAUCCGCGCCAACGAGUGCAAGACGGGUUUCUGCCACUUGUACAAAGUCACCGUGCUGCUGAGGCACAGCGGCUAUGACUGGACUGACCCCCUCUGCCCUGGGGAAGAUGAAUUUAAAUGCCCCAUCAAGGAGGAGAUUGCUCUGACCAGCGGCGAGUGGGAGGUCUUGGCCAGGCACGGCUCCAAGAUCUGGGUCAACGAGGAGACAAAGCUGGUGUACUUCCAGGCUACCAAGGACACACCGCUGGAGCACCACCUCUAUGUGGUCAGCUACGCGGCAGCCGGCGAGAUUGUGCGCCUCACCACGCCCGGCUUCUCCCACAGCUGCUACAUGAGCCAGAACUUUGACAUGUUCAUAAGCCACUACAGCAGCGUGGGUACACCGCCCUGCGUGCACGUCUACAAGCUGGGCGGCCCCGACGACGACCCCCUGCACAAGCAGCCCCGCUUCUGGGCCAGCAUGAUGGAGGCGGCCAGCUGCCCCCCGGAUUACGUGCCCCCGGAGAUCUUCCACUUCCACACGCGCUCCGCCGUGCGGCUCUAUGGCAUGGUCUACAAGCCACACGCUGUGCAGCCGGGCAAGAAACACCCCACCGUGCUCUUCGUGUAUGGGGGCCCCCAGGUGCAGCUUGUGAACAACUCCUUCAAAGGAGUCAAGUAUCUGCGGCUCAACACGCUGGCGUCCCUGGGCUACGCCGUGGUGGUCAUCGACGGCAGGGGCUCCUGUCAGCGGGGACUCCGCUUCGAAGGGGCCCUGAAAAAUCAAAUGGGCCAGGUGGAGAUCGAGGACCAGGUGGAGGGCUUGCAGUUUGUGGCCGAGAAGUAUGGCUUCAUCGACCUCAGCCGGGUCGCCAUCCACGGCUGGUCCUAUGGGGGCUUCCUGUCGCUGAUGGGUCUGGUCCACAAGCCCCAGGUGUUCAAGGUGGCCAUUGCGGGCGCCCCAGUCACUGUCUGGAUGGCCUACGACACGGGGUACACGGAACGCUACAUGGACGUCCCAGAGAACAACCAGCACGGCUACGAGGCGGGCUCCGUGGCCCUGCACGUGGAGAAGCUGCCCAACGAGCCCAACCGUCUGCUCAUCCUCCACGGCUUCCUGGAUGAAAACGUGCACUUUUUCCAUACCAACUUCCUCGUCUCCCAGCUGAUCCGAGCAGGAAAACCUUACCAGCUCCAGAUCUACCCCAAUGAGAGGCACAGUAUUCGCUGUCCUGAGUCUGGCGAGCACUACGAAAUCACACUGCUGCACUUUCUACAAGAAUACCUCUGAGCCCGGCCUUGGCUUGCCCCGCCGGCCCGGAGCCUCCACCUUCAGAGCACAAGUGGCUUUGCCGCCGCCACCAUGGGAAGCCAGCAGAGGGACUGAGCAGCGCCCCCCCAGGCCCCAGCAUGGGGUCUCCUCCCACCGCACUCGCUGGAUAGCCUCGAGAGCCUCCCGCCUUUGUCGACAGAAUGCCUUUGAUUAGUUUUUAAUGCCCCUGGGUUUUUUUGCCUGCUGCUUCUUCGCUGUCUGGGCAGAGAGAUGGUGGCCGAUGUCCACAAAGCACCUCCCCAAGUCAUCUCCUCCUUUCCCCGUUUUCUGGGAAGGAGGAGACCACAACUCUGGGGAGCACUGGAGAGGUGGGCACUCAGGCAGCCACAGCCAGAAGAGAUUGGGGAGGAGCUGUGGACCACAGCCGCCUGCCACCGACGCCCCAUGGCCUCCUGGCCCUCGAACUCGGUAGGCCACUGUCCCAACGCAGAAGCGUGUGAUUGCCUUUGCUCCCCCCACCCCCACUUCAUUUUUGCAUUUUGUUCUGGGGGCAUUUUUUCAAAAUUAUUUAAAAGACAAAAAGCAAGGGAUGCCUAAAUCAAGAGCCGGGGUCCGCCGCCGGGCAGUGGGCGAGCCCAGCCCCGAUGAGCCCUGUGUCUUCCAAAGCCCAGAGCAGAGAGUCGUGCUGGGCAGGCCAGGAGCGUCCAGGGUCCUCCUGGGGCGAUGAGUGUUCAUGCCCUCCUGCCGCCCCGCCUCUCCCCAAGAUCUCAGGCUGAACCCGCCGAGUGGCAGUUCUCUGCUGGUCAGUGGCUGUUGUUCCCCUUCCUGCCCAGCGGUCUGGCCACACGAGUCUGCCUGGCCCGUACACACUGGGGUUCCAGGGCCGGGAGUCGGAACCACCCCCACCUCAGGGUUAUCCUUCCCCCUUUCUUUCCCUCCCUGCCAAGAGUUCUGCCAGGGGCGGGCCAAAAAAAGAGGAAAAAGAAAAAAAAAAGCCCAGAAACAAACCACCUCUACAUAUUAUGGAAAGAAAAUAUUUUUGUCGAUUCUUAUUCUUUUAUAAUUAUGCGUGUAAGAAGUAGACUCAUUAAAGGAUUCCAGACGGAGACAAUGCCA